GCGGCGCGCGCGGCCUCGCGGCGGGCGAUUAGAGAGGCCGCAGCUGGCGGCCACCGCCGCCGCCCGGGCCGCCAUUGGGCGCCGCGGCCGGGCAGCCGCUGUCUCCAUGCGGCCCCGCUGUCUCCAUGCGGCCCCGCUCUCUGCCCCGCGGCCCCGUUAACCCUUCCGGCACCGGCGGCGAGACGGGGCUGGGCGGGCCUGGGGAGGCCGCGCCGGGACCGGGGCCUGUCACCUGCCUGCUCCCGGGCAGCACCGGGACACCGGGGCAGGGCGUCGGGCGAGCUCGUUAAAGGCCGCUCCCAGCCCGCACGUCCCGUCUCUGAGACCGGGCACCACCGCGGCGGUGGAGGCCUGUGCCCAGCCCGGCCGCCUCCGGGGUCUGGGAUGGCUCCGGGGCCGUGUGCUCUGGGCCCCCUCGGCCGUACCGUGGGCUGUACCGUGGGGUGCUGAGAGGUACCGGGGUUACCGGGGUGCUUAGGUCGGGGUGCUGGGGAGUACUGGGCUGCCCAGGUGGAGACACCGGGAUGCCCAGGCGGAGGUACUGGGGGGUAUCGAGAGGUACCGGGGUUGCUGGGGUGUUGAGGUGGAGGUGCUGGGGAGUACUGGGAUGCCCAGGUGGAGGUACUGGCAGUUACUGGGGGUACCGGGAGUUAUUGCGGGUACCGAGGCGUCAAGAUAGAGGUACCGGGAGUUGCCUGCGGUACUGGUGUGCGCAGCUGGGAGCACCGGGAGUUACUGUGGGUACUGGGGCAUCGAGAUGGAGGUACCGGGAGUUGCCUGGGGUACCGGUGUGCCCAGCUGGGAGCACCAGGCGUUACCGGAGGUAGCGGCGCAUCGAGAUGGAGAUACCCGGAGUUACCGGGAGGUAGCGGGGUGCCCAGCCGGGGGCCCCGGGAGGUACCGGAGGUAGCAGCGCAUCGAGAUGCAGGUACCGGAGUUACCGGAGCACCUAGGCAGAGGCACUGGGAGUUACCGGGGGUACCGGGGCGUCGAGGCAGAGGCGCCGGGGAUGCAGCCGUGCCCGGCGGGGGGCGGCGGGGCGCGGGCACGGCGCGUGCCGCCGCGCCGUUCUCUCCAGCAACCCCUCCGCGGCGCGCGCCCAUUGGCGGAGCCGAGCCCCGCCCAGGGCGGGCGGCGGCCAAUGGGGCCGCGGGGGGGCGGCGCCUCCCAUUGACAGAACCGGCGCGGCCGUGUUUACCCGCGGGGGCGGGGCGGCGGCGGCGCCGCUAUAAGAGCGGGGCACCGGGGCGGCGCGGGGCGCGCGCGGCUCCCGGUCGCGCCGCACCCCGCAGCGCCGCCGCACCCCGCCCCGCAGCACCGCCCCGCAGCACCGCCCCGCUCGGCACCAUGGGCGCGUAGCGGCGCGCCGGGCCCCGGCAUGGUGCAGCGAGCCAUGCGGCGCCGCGGCGGCGAGGGCCGGCGGGAGCGCGGCGGCGGCGGUGGCAUCACGGCGCCCGAGCCGGCCGGGCCCGCCUGGUGCAGGACGGCGAGCGGGCACAUCAAGCGGCCCAUGAACGCCUUCAUGGUGUGGGCGCAGCACGAGCGCCGCAAGAUCAUGGCGCAGCGGCCCGACAUGCACAACGCCGAGAUCUCCAAGCGCCUGGGCCGCCGCUGGCAGCUGCUGCGCGACGCCGACAAGAUCCCCUUCGUCCGGGAGGCCGAGCGCCUGCGCCUCCAGCACAUGGCCGACUACCCCGACUACAAGUACCGGCCGCGGAAAAAGGGCAAGGGCGGCCCCGGCGCGCCGCCGGCCAAGGCCAAGGCCAAGGCCAAGGCCAAGGCGGGUCGCGGGCCGGGCGCCCGCCGGCAGCGCGCCCAGGCGAUGCCCGAGGAUGCCGCCGGCCGCCCCGCCGAGCCCCCCGCGCCGGCCGCCAGCCCCUCGCCCUCUCCCGCCUCGCCCCCUUCCUCCUCCUCCUCCUCCUCCGACGCGGAGCCGGAGGAAGAGCCGCCGGGCGGCGGGGCGGUGGCGGCGGCGGUGGCCUGGGCCCCCCCGGACAAGGACCCCGAGCCCGGCCCCCGGGGCGGCACCUCGCACUUCGACUUCCCGGACUACUGCACGCCCGAGGUGACGGCGAUGAUCGCGGGGGACUGGCUCACGUCCGGCCUCGCCGACCUCGUCUUCACCUACUGAGCCCCGCGCUGCAGGUAACUCUCUUUUCCCCGCAAUCAGGUCUUACAAAGGAGAAAAAAAAACCUAAACAAAAACAGAAAAAAAAAAAGAAAACCAGCUGUUUACAUGCAGGAAUCAGGUAUUUUGCCUUGACGCUGCUGGAAGGCCGAGCGCCGGCUCGCCCCCCCCACGGCACACGCCCACCGCGCCGUCCGUCCGUCUGUCCGCGGGGCCGCACGGGGGUCUCCGCCGUGACACGCCCCACUGUCGGGGUCUGCGCCAGACCCUCCCCUUCCCCGUCUCCCUCCUGCCCCAUCCUCUUCCUCGCCCGGGACGCCCGCGCCCCGUCCACCCCCCCCCCGCACCGCUGGGAAAAGCCCCUUUCUUUUGCUUUUUUCUUCUUUUUCUGCCUGCAUUCACGAGCAUGUCUUCGCUGCUCUCCUGCUCCUCCGAGGCGGCCGCCGGGCCCCGGCUCGGGGCGGCUCCGUCGCGGUGCCGCGGCCCGGGAGAGCGGCGCUGCCGCACGUGGUGCGCACGUGGCACCGGCGGCUCUGCCACCGCUCCUGCCUCCUGCCCCGCGCGGGACCGGCCCGCGGCGCCGCCGGCAUCGCCAACCGGCCGCGGGCACCGGCGAUGCUCGAGCGUGGGAACAGCCUGGUGUCUGGGUACCACCUCGCACUGGCGCCAGGUCUUCCCACCCCCGCCCCGGGCACAGAGGCCUGAGGCCACGGUGAGGGGCUGGUGCUGCAGUGGGGGGGGAUACAGCAUGCACGGCCACAUCCCUGGGAGCCCCCCCCCCCCGCAACGCCUGGGCUUCCAGGCUGAACACUAUCUCAGGAGCAGCAUCCCGCCCGGGGGGCCCCCCCCUCUGCCACCCCGGCCGCGAGCACCGCACCGCUCGCCCCCCCCCCCCACCGCCGCCGCCGUGGACGUCGUGCAACAUGCGGCGAUCGCGCUGUAGCAACCCCCGCGCGCUCGCGUCCCGCCAUCGCCAGCCACAGAGCCAAUAAUAAAUGAACAAAAUAAUAAUAAUAAUAAAACCAAACCUCUCUCAGGAACAAGCUGCCGCGGCCGCAGGGCCGGAGCAGCCGGUGGGCACCUCCUGCGGCGUCGCGCCGGCGACGGGGCUCCCGGGGCACGGGCAGGGGCUUGCAGUGGUGGCGAGGGGCCGCCGGGCCCGGGCCGUGCGGCUGACGGUUAUCCCGACUGUUGUAACUGUGGAAUAAAGUGUGUUGGUCUGCC